AUGCUCUUGCCUGUUGCUCUACUCAUAAACAACAUCAUCUUGUUUAUACUCGAAACUGUGGGUUAUCAUGCUUGUCACAGUGUGGUAAUGCUUCUUGAUGGUUAUUAUCAUCUUUGUCAAGCUAUUCUAUGCACAGUACGAAUUGUUUCACGAAGAAUUCAAUUUACAUAUACAUCUCGACAAACAUAUGGAUUAGCUCGAGUCGGUGUUGUCGGUGAAUUGGUUGCUUUCGUUAGUUUUCUUUCAUUGUCUAUUUCGGUGUUUCUCGAAAGCAUUAAACAUUUAAUUGACGUCGUUUUUAUUAUACCAAAACGAGAAAGCAACAGUUCAGCGAUAUUUACUGCUCAUGGUCAUGAACAUAUACACAGUCUAAUUGAUCAUCCGUAUUUUAUUCUUGGCAUCGGAAUUUACGCUACUAUUUCAAAUUGUUCACUAGGACUCAUAAGACUUUAUAUUGUUAUAAAACGUUCAAUUAAAAUGAACAGGCAAUUAAAACAGCGACGACCAAGUUUAAAACAGCCCUUACCAAAAACACUAAUAUCAAAAUCAUUGCUUAUAACCGACACGUUAUCAGUUCGUCAUUCCUAUCUUCAAAUUUUGAAUAUGUUACUUGGUCCGUUGACUAUAUUAGCAUGCGGAAUUUUAUUGGUACUCUUACCAGAGAAACACGACGCUCGAGUAUUAUUCAGUCGACUUGUUGAUCCUACGAUUUGCUGUUUUCUUUUUCUAUCCUACUUAUUUAUGAUUUCUAUUCCCAUGCGUGAUGUCAUGCAUCUCGUUCUACAGGCCAAUCCAUGCAAUCUUAAAGUAGAUCAAGUUGAAAAUUUACUCCGUGAUUCUGUUCCUGGUAUAUCCAGUAUUCAUGAACUGCAUAUUUGGCGAUUGACACCACAGAAAACUUUAGCAACAGUUCAUGUUGUAUUUAAUACAACGGAAAAUAUCAUAACGAAAUAUCAAGAUAUUAACUUCAUAUUUGAAACGCUUCAUAUCGAUCAUGUUACAAUACAACCGGAAUUUGCAUUGCCUACGGAUGAAUUUGCAAAACUUGGUUGCCAUUAUCAAUGUGUGUCUAAUAAUACGGAAUGUGGUCCGUUACAAUGUUGUGAAGCGUUGCCAGUUAGUCAUUCAUGCUGA